CGCAGCGUGCGGAAGCCGCUCCUGCAGCGCUGUGGUUGGUCUCGGCUGCACCAGAGGAGGUAUCUGCUCCUCACAGUGCUGGAGGACGGCGGGGACUAGUCAGCGUUAACAACCGCGCAGUCUUUACCUAGAGGAGGGUAGCGGACCACACUUCAUUUGGAUGGCUUGAAUCAAUGUGACGUAGGUGACCGGCUAACUUGUAAGCGAGUAACCGCGAAGCUGACCCCCCACGGCCCCCGUAGCCUCCUCUCGUCCCUCGUCAAGAUGUCAGCUUUCUCUGAGGCGGCUCUAGAAAAGAAACUGUCCGAGCUCAGCAACUCGCAGCAAAGUGUGCAGACGCUGUCGCUGUGGCUCAUUCACCAUAGGAAACACUCGCGGACCAUCGUCAGUGUUUGGAUCAACGAGCUGAAGAAAGCUCAGGUAUCACGCAAGCUGACCUUCCUUUACUUGGCCAAUGACGUCAUUCAGAACAGCAAGAAGAAAGGACCAGAAUUCACUCAGGACUUUGCACCCGUCAUCGUUGAUGCAUUCAAACAUGUAUACAGAGAUGGAGAGGAGGGCUGUAAGAAACAGCUGGGUCGGGUUUUGUCUAUCUGGCAGGAGAGAGCUGUGUACGAGAACAACCUGCUGGAUCAGCUCUCACAAGUCCUUUAUGGAGAAAAGAAGGCUAAGAAGAGGGCGUAUGAGGAGAUCCGACCAGAUGAUGAGGACUUUGCUUCCCAGAGCUCCCCAACUGAGCCCCCACAGACAGCGGAGUUAAUCCGAGCCCUUCAGGAGCUGGAGAAUGCGGCCUCUGGUGACUCAGUGCUGCGUCAGCGCAUCUCAUCCCUUCCUGCCGAGGUGCAAGACACGUCACUGCUCCAGAGGAUCACAGUUGACCCCUCUAGACUGGAUAUGUUUAAGCAUUGUUUCCUGCUCUCUGUGUGCUUUCUGUGCUACAGACAAGGAAUCAGGGAGCGUCUCUCCCGGCUGGUGGAGGAGGCCUGCAUGCUGCUAGCAGACUACAGUGGCCGCCUGGCGGCUGAGAUUGAUGACAGGAGGCAACUCACACGCACACUAACGGUCUUCCUGCAAAGCCAGAAGGACGGGCUGUCCCAGAACGAGCAGAAACUUGAAGAUUACAAACGCAAACUGGCGAGGGUGACCCAGGUCCGGAAGGAGCUGCGUGCGCGUCUGAACAAUCUUCCAGGAGGACUCUACAACUCUUCAAACUGACUCAAGUUUCACCUCCUGACCAGAUAACCUGACCCUGCUGCUUCUGCAACAUCUCAACCUGUCUCUUAGCUAUCUGAUCAGUGACAUCGCCGUAGUCCUCUGUUCUUGAUUUUGAAAAGUGUCUGUGUGGUGACCUGUUGUUCUCAUUCUGUCUUUAACAGAUUAUUUAUCCACAUGGCUUUUAUUAACAGAACGUCAUCUUUUUCUGUCUGUGAGUUCAUAUCUUUGUGCUGUAUGUUAUCAGCACAUUGAAAAUGAAGUCUCACACUCAUCAGACACAGGCCCCUCUUGGUUUGGUCCCUUUAAAGUGGCAUGGGUGAUGCUGGUGUGAUAUUUUUGUAUUUAUAGUGACUUAAGAUAAUGCACCAGAGAAUAUCCCUCCUAGUGAUCAUUUCUAAUAUUUUCAGUGUUUUGGAUUGUUUUCACAAGUUUCUUUAACAAGUCUUUGUCAGUAAAUGCAUCCGUCUUGGUUACAUAUCAUUGUUUUAAUGCAGUGUGAUAAUGGCCUCUGAAGAGAAUGGUACACUUGUUAAAUGUUUAGGAAACCAUAAUCUGAAGCUGAACAGUAAGCCAUGUCCCUGAAAGCAAACCAAAAUGUAUAAUUAUCAUUUAUGUAAAGCCUCUUUCUGAGAGGGGUUUGUAAGUCAUGGGUCAAUGUACAUAUCCAAAUUUGCAUGUAAAUAUGAUGGGAGUUAUGCCUGUAAAUGAGAUGUAUCGAUGUCGACAUGGCUUGUGUUGAAAUGGUCAUUCAGACAAAUGAUUGAGGUAUCCCUCUUUAUUCUACAUCCUCAUAGCUGCUCAGACCUCCACUGUACUGAAAUGAUGAGUGAAGGAGUCUUUGUCUUGUUUACUGUAUCACACUGCUUCAUAGAUUUAUCAUUAACUCUACUGAAUGCUGUGCAGACGCCUCACGCAGCUUGAUAGGGGCCCCCGUUUUCCAAAGCCAGACUUAAGCUGUUGUUUUUGUACAUAUGAAGUAAAUUCUUCUUAGAACCAA